AUGCCUCACUCCACGACAGGGUCAAUAAGUAUACGCGAUGAAGUCAAAGCUAACCAGGAAGUCCUUCGAUCUCGAUUAGCAGGAGCUAUUUCUGAGCCACCCUCUGGUAUCGAUGUCGAUUCCCUUCCGUCCGUGCCUCUGAUUGAUCUUGCAUCGUCGUUCUCUGCUAGUGCUGUAGACAGACAGAAGGUUGCAGCACAAAUACGUGAAGCAUGCACAACAUCAGGAUUCUUCCAGAUCUCCAACCACGGGAUUGAUGACGCUGCGAUUGACGGCAUUCUCGAACAGGCAGAGAAGUUCUUCCACGAAUUGACGCCGGCUCAAAAGGAUGCAUUGAACAUCAGACACAAUCAACUUUUCCGUGGUUACGAAUCAGGAAGUGACACUUACGUUAAUCCCGAUGAUAAUACUCCAGCAGAGGUCGAAACCAAAGAAGGCUUCAACUGGGGAUACGAGCCUACGCUCGAUCCGACGUCCCCACACAGUGACGAGUAUGUCGAGUUAGACGGCCAGCCACCGUCUGCGCCUGAUCGAUGCAACGUUUGGCCCGACGCAUCGGUGUUGCCUGACUUCAAACCAACGAUUGCGACGUAUUAUGCACAAGUCUUACAGCUCGCUCGUCAUCUUUUCCGCCUCUUUGCGCUGAGUCUUGACCUCGAAGAGACCUACUUCGACAGCCUGACGACUCACCCUGGUGGUAUUGGUCGAUUGCUAUACUAUCCGCCACAGUCAGCCGAACAAAUGAAGCACAGAGCUCAGAAACUAGGUCUAGGAGCCCACACCGAUUAUGAAUGUUUUACCCUACUUCUUUCAACUUCCCAUCCUGGCCUCGAGAUCCUCUUCCCACCUUCCGAGCUGACAGGAAACAAGCCGAUCUGGCGUCCGUGCCCCAUCCGACCAGGUACUCUUACAGUCAAUAUCGCGGACUUUUUGAUGCGCUGGACGAACAACGUGUACAAGAGCACGAUCCACAGGGUAGUAUCACGACCAAUAAAAGCCGACGAUGGGACAAUAAGGGGAUCAGAAGCACGAUACAGCGUGCCAUUCUUCUUCAGUAUCAAUUACGAUGCAGAUGUUCAACCACUACCAGAACAUGCUGUUGGAAUCGGCAAGUUUCAGAAUAUGAAGGCUGGACAGUAUGUCCUCGAGAGAUUAAGGGCAACUGUAUAG